AUGUUAUAAGUUUAAAGAAUUUCUAGAUCAAAAAAGUCUAUCUCUUAAAGUCUAAUUCUUUAAAAUCAACCUCUAAAUGGACCUGAUAGCUCUGAAAAGGUUAAAGAGCAUUUUUAACAUUUAAGGUAAAAAUUGAAGGCAAUUCCUUAUGUUUCUUCACCUACAAUAUCUCCAAGAUAAUAAGGAUAACCUUAAUAAAGAAGAAGAAGAGAUAAAAAAGGAAAGAAAUUUAAAUAAUAGAAAACUAAUUUUUAAUUGGAGGUUUCUAAUACUAGUACUUCUAAUUCAGAUGAAUCUAUGAAUAAAGAUAUUAAAAAUGAAUUUUUGAUAGCAAAAGAUAAUUUGAAAAAGUUAUGCAAAUAACCUAAUCAUAAUAAAAAUAAUUCAUCCUUCAUAAAUUCACCAUUAUUUCAUCAAAAUAAAAAUGAAUCUUAAAAAAUUGAAUCUUAAGUGGUCACAUCAAAUUAAUUAGAUUAUGAAAGAGUUAACAUUAAUUUUGUAAAGUCUCUUGAACACAAUAAUGACUGUAAAGACAUAUAAGAAUAUUAUGAAGAUGGAAUUUUGAAUAUUUAUUUUUAAAGUGAAGACAUGUUUACAUUUUUACGUUAUGAACAUGAAGUACAAGAAAUGAUUCAUAGAUCAAAAAUGUUUACAUAAAAUUCUUAAAUAUAUAAUGAACUAAAAAAUGAAAUGAAAACUUAUGAAUAAAAGUAAGCUAAAAUAAAAGAAGAUAAAGAAGAGGAACAUAGAGAGUUUAUUGAAAAAAUAAUAGUUUAAGAAUAGUAAAGAUAAAAAUUUCUAUAGAAAGCAAAAACAAAAAAGAUAGGAGAAAUAGCUAAUAAAUUUAUAGAUCGUCAUCAUUUAGAUGAAAAGCAUGAAAAUCGAUAUCUUUUACAAUUAGUAGAAUAAAAAGAAAAAGAAUUAUAAUUAUGA